CACCAUGAGCAGCUCAAGUUAAUCCAGGCAGGCCUUUCUCCUCUCCACCAUGAAGUUUUCCACAAGCAAAGCAGCUUUCAUGUUUAUUCCAUUACUUGUUCUCUUGCUUGCCACAACUUCAAUGGCAGCCAUUACUUGCAAUGUUGUGAUAACAGACCUGCAGCCUUGUGUGACCUACCUGCAGGGGAGCGGCAGUGGGAAGCCGCCAGCUGAUUGUUGCAAUGGGGUCCGAGCUCUGGCAUCUGCUGCAGCCACCACUGCCGAUAGGCAGGCUGCUUGUAACUGCAUCAAGACUGCAUCCAAGAACGUGAAUAUAAAUCUUGCACUUGCCAAGGCGCUUCCUGGGAACUGUGGAAUCAACUUGGGCUACACCAUUGACCCUAGUGUCGAUUGCUCCACGAUCAAGUGAACUUGCAGCAGCUAGCUGGACCUGGACGAUGUCUGUGAUGAAGGCAGCUUUCUUUUUCUGUAAAUUGGAGGCAGCUUUCAUCGAUCUUGUAAUAAACUUUGAUCUACUCGAGCGCAGUUUCCUCUUUCCUUGGAGUGUAGAUUAUGCCUUCGAACUUUUUGUGUGGAAUAAAUGUAUUUUCACAUGUCUGGUGAGAAUACUAUGUUUCAUGAAGUGUUUUUUUGCGAAAUGAAUCUGCCUAAUCUUUUCCUUGAAUGAAAA